GAACUUUUAAACAACAGGAGCGAAAGGCUUGGAAACUCCUGUCAAAUGUUCUUCCAGCAUAAAUGUUGGAGGCACAUAGGCUACAGGGCGUGUUCUUUAUUGGCGAAUGAUGCUGACCGGAAAGUGAAAGCAAAAGUGAAUCGCCGGUGUUACACCCCGGCUCUGUUCCUCACUGAGAAGAGGUUUCUCAGAAAUCGACUGUUUAAAGUAAGCUAAAGCUAUUAGGGCAGAUAUUGGCAACAAUCGACCUCCAUAAAUAGGACCCGCAUUUCCAUUCAUCCCGCAGUGAGAAAGAAGGACCGUGGAGGGAAGGAAGAGCUAGAAAACAGACAGGAAGUGCUAGAAAGAACCAACAUGUCUAAACCCACAAUGAUGCCUUCGCCCAUUUGUUUGGUGGAGAAUGUGAACGGAUCACUCAGCAUCUGUAAAGAUGCCAUAGAUUUUCUCAGUAAUAUUAAUGAGCCGGUGGUGGUGGUGUCUGUGGUGGGACUCUACCGUACGGGGAAGUCUUACCUCAUGAACCGACUAGCUGGACAACAGACAGGCUUUGCUCUCGGCAACACUAUUGAGUCAAAGACCAAAGGUAUCUGGAUGUGGUGUGUCCCUCACCCGAAAAAACAAGGACACACUUUGGUUCUGCUGGACACAGAGGGACUGGGUGAUGUUGACAAGGGAGACUCUAAGAACGACGGCUGGAUCUUCUGUUUGGCUGUUCUUCUCAGCAGUACUCUGGUGUACAACAGCCGUGGCACCAUCGACAACAGCGCACUGGAGAAACUGCACUACAUCACUGAGCUCACAGAGCAGAUCAAGAUCAGAACAGCAGAAGCAGCAGACGAGGAGGAUGAGGAGGACUCAAAGUUUGUGCUUUUCUUCCCAUCAUUCACCUGGGUCGUGAGAGAUUUUACUUUGGAUUUGGUGAUUGAUGGAAAGAAUGUUAAUGAAGACCAGUACCUAGAUUUUGCCCUGCAGCUGAGGAAAGGUAAUAAUAAGAAGGCAUUGGAAUACAAUCUGCCCCGUCAGUGCAUUCGAAACUACUUCCCAUCCCGGAAGUGUUUUGUGUUCCCAUCUCCAGCCUCACCUGAGAAGAUGAAGCAAUUAGAAAGUCUGCAAGAAAAAGACCUUGUACCAGAUUUUCUGGAGGUCACAGGUCGUUUCUGUGAGCACAUCUUUCGCAACAGUGUUGUGAAAACACUGAAAGGGGGGCAUAAAGUCACUGGUAAAUUGCUUGGACAUCUGGCUAAGAUUUACGUGGACACGAUCAGCAGUGGUAAAGUGCCCUGUCUGGAUAACGCCGUGGUUGCUCUGGCAAAUCUAGAGAACAAGUGUGCUGUUGAAGAAGCUUUCAAAGUGUAUGAGAGAGGGAUGGAAGAGGUGAAGAAGACAUUUCCAGUAAAUGUGGAUGAAAUCUCCUCUGAACACCAGAGGUUUAGCAGUCUGGCCAACGCUGAGUUCAUGAAACGCUCCUUUAAAGACGAAAAACAAGAAUACAUUAAUCAACUGAAAGAAAAAAUCGAUGUGUACUAUGGAUGCCUGCUUGAAGACAAUGGCUUGGCAUCAAAGAAAAAGUGUGAAGAUCUGCUGAAGGAUCUGUUCUCUGAAAUGAAUAAAAAGUUGCAGGAUGGAGUGUACAGUCAGCCUGGUGGAUAUGAACUCUACUGCAAAGACAGAGACGUCAUCGUUGAAAAGUACCGCAGAGAACCCAACAAAGGUGUACUGGCCGAGGCCGUGCUGCAUGAGUUUCUGAACGAACGAGGAGCUGAAGCAAACAGCAUCCUCUACACAGAUACAAAACUCACUGAAAACGAUAAAAAGAUUCAAGAGGAGAAGGAGAGGAAUGCUUUGAUGCAACAGAAGUGUGAGGAGGAACAGGAGAAACGAAUAGAGAGCGAACGAAUGAUGGCGGCAGAAAAAGUGCGGCAGGAUGACCAAAUCAAGCAGAUGCAGGAGAAGUUUGAGAAGGAACGAGAGCAAAUGCAGCAGGAGACGGAGAAAGCCAUCGACAGCAAACUAAAGGAGCAGGAGGAGAUGCUGAAUAAAGGCUUUAAGGAGAGGGCUGAUCUCCUAUCUGAGGAAAUCAAUGAUCUGAAAAAAGAGAAGAAAGGAUUUAUGGAAGAAUACAUCAUGCCUAUUGUUGGAGCUGCGGCACAAAUCCUUCCUACAAUUCUUGAUUACAGAGUGAUGAUGAAAGGAAUGAAAUAUGGAAAAGUAAAAAUAUAAUUAAUGUUUACAUUUAAAUCCCUGUUGUGACCAAUUGAUUGGCUGUUGACUGUUUAUACAGCUUACCAGAUGUAAUCAUGUUUAUUUAGGAGCAUAGUAUUUAGUUUGAUAAAAAGUGGUGUCCUAGAUCACAUAGGUGUGUACUGAAAGUAUCUGCUUUGUUUCUGAUGAUGGAAAAAUCAAUGAUAUUAAGAUUAUUUCAUAGCCCUUAAUUGCACCUUGAUUGCACAUUCUGCCAUAUUAUAUGUAUGGAUUCAAGCAUUAUGUUCAUUUUAAUAAAUUCAUUAAUAAAAAAAAA